AUGGCAAAACGGAUCAAUACUGGUUUGAAACUAUUUCACAUAAUAUCAAUCAUAUGCCAGGGAGCUACCUUGUCUGUCUCUGGAUUUGAAACUUCGUAUACAGGGAAAAGCACGUUUUAUGCCGCUGAAAAUCGCGCCCUAAAAGAGUUUGUGCAUGCAACAAAAUAUGUGUGUUCUCGUGUCAUCUGCGGACGGGAAUGCAGCAUGGAUGAACGUUGCAAGUCUUUUAACUUUAACGACUGCAGUAAACUGUGCGAGUUGAACUCCGCCACAAGACGCGAGCGUCCCGGGUACUUCAAUGCAACUCAAGGGAGUGUGUACUUUGAUGCAGAUGAGGACACACCUCUCUACUCACUGACUGAUAGCUCCUUCAAUCGCUACAGAAGUUGCAAGAUGCUCUUAGAUGCCGGUCAUCGUUCAAGCGGUAUCUACACAAUCUACCCAGAGGGAUUCGGUCUCGGCUGUCUUCGUGUCUACUGUGACAUGGAAACUGACGGCGGAGGAUGGAUCGUAUUGCAGAGACGACAAGAUGGCAGCAUGGACUUCUACCGUAACUGGGCCGAGUACCAGUUUGGCUUUGGUGAUCUGUCCGGUGAGUUCUGGUUGGGCAACGACAACUUGGUGACUCUGACGUCUGAUGAUUCAAACGGAACAUGGGAGCUACGAGUUGAUUUAGAGGACUGGGAGAACAAAAAGGCAUGGGCAAAGUACUCAGAUUUCCAAAUAUCCCCGGGUGAGUACAAUCUGAAUAUUGGCCAAUACGAUGCCAGCAGCACUGCCGGUGACUCUCUUGGGUAUAAAACAAGUCAAUCUGCGUAUCAUCACAGAGGGCGUGCCUUUUCAACAAAGGAUCGUGACAAUGAUGCAGCAGACCAUAAUUGUGCACAGAAGUACACAGGAGCCUGGUGGUUUAAUAGCUGUUGGUAUUCUCAUUUGAAUGGUCGAUAUUAUCCAGAUGAGAAUGCAGGUAGUUACAGGGGCGUGCAAUGGAUUUCAUGGAAAUCGCGUUAUUCUCUGAAAGUAUGUAGCAUGAAAAUGCGUGAAAUUGGACCAUAA